UCUUUCCUUCCCCUUAUUUUUUCUUCGCAGUAGUGUAUAUCGUGUAUAGCUCAAUGACAGCAGAUAGAAGCGCGAAUUAUUAUUUUUUAUUGUAGAUUAUUACAGCGAUUACUGCUAUAUCGAAUGACCAUUACAUUAUAUGUCUUGCGUAUCAUGGUCAGUAACAUAUUAAAAGUGGCUCUUGUGUAACUAAACAAAAAAAGUACGUAGCUGUGAAGAGACUUUGGAUGUUUAGCCACAGUGUGGCAUGUUAAAAACCAGCAUGGAUUCCGUUAACUCGACACUGUCGCCGUAUUUGAAAACUUAUAAAGAAUGGAUAUUAAACAAACCGCAACUGAUCGCUGACAUUGAAAGUACGGUACGAUGUUUAUCGUACUUUACAGCCGGGCGCAUCACCAGCUCAUCUUUGGUUUCGGAGCUCAUAUAUUCUUUGCCGAAUCUUCUGAUUCUCUUAAACGAUCGUUUGAUAUACAGCAGCAAAUAUGCCCAUCUCAAAUUACCACAAUUUCAAUCACAAAUCAAAGUUUGGUUGACAGUCAUAGAAUACACCGAAGCGCUUAUUGAAGUAUCAGCCAAAAAUGUUUGGGGUGAAAGAGGACGCUGGUAUAUCAUAGUUAUCAUUCAAAGCUUGAAAGUUAUGCUGAGAUUGGUUCUAGUGCACCGUAACAAAGAACGUAUAACGCAAACCCCAGCAAUACCGCCUCUGAAUCGUGAAAAGCUCAGUGAAUCUUGUAGUGUUGAGCCGGUGAAAGAAGGCUUUGUUCUCAAACAUUCUGGUACUGUUGUUAGAAGUGUAUCGGCAACACCUCCGCUCCAUUCCCGCGUUUGGGCUCCUUUGAAACGUGUAGAGGGCUUACAGAAAGAAGAGUCUUUGACUCCUGCAAUGAGGAAGAAUAUAAUUCUAGCAGAGAGCCUGUACAUAAUCAAACCACUGGUCCAUCUGAGUUGUAUGAUGGCUAAAGGCCAAAGGCACUGGUUACCAUGGUCAAUCUCCUUUUUGAUGGACAUUACGAGUUUGCGACUACUGAAUAAAGACACGAAAACCGUUAUUUUCACGAAAGAAGAGAGAGAGGAAAUUUGUCGUCGAAGAAUAGGACUUUUAUUGUACAUACUACGAUCACCGUUUUACGACAAAUGCAGCAAGGAGAUUAUUUUCUCGUUGCUUAACCGAGUUUCAACAAGCAUACCGUUGGCAAGAUUCGUCGCUGAGCCAAUCGCUAAAUAUUUGCCACAUUGGCAGAACACGUAUUUCUACAUGUGGUCGAGUUGAUAAAGAAAGUUACUUUUCCUUUGGAAGGCAUCAGUGAGAUGACAAUUAUGCACGAUCAUGACAUAAACAUUCCACUUCAGUCGAUAAAUGAAAAAUCGAGUAUGACUGUUACUCAAGGGUUGUUGAUAUUCAGAGCCACUUUGAAUCGAAUUGUUGGUCAAAAUAAAAUCCUUGUUUUUAUCCUUGGAAUUGAUACACUGUCUUUGUUUUUUAUCGUGACAUAAGUCACCUUAUAAUAAAAUAUUCCAUCAACAAAUUGAUCGCGGAAAGGCAUCACAAUUGAUUAUAAUAAUUUACAAAUAUAUUACAUUCUUAAUUCGAUGAUGAAUCGGUGGAUAAUGGGACAUACAUGUUUUUUUUUUUUAGCAGAAAAUACAAAUAUGGCGUUUUGGAAUUUAUAUAUGUAUAUCUUAUAUACGUAUGUUUGCCUGUGUUAGAGUGCCUAGAAACGAGUCCCUCGUGUCAAACAGAUCUUUCGAGCCAGAGAAUCGUUGAAUUAUUCGCACAUUUGAAGCAGCGAAUUGAUAGUAACAUCCUUUUUUCCAUGAUUGGCGUCGUAGACGGAUUUUAUCACUUCCGCGUCGAUGUUUGGAAACAUUUCAGCAAUCUGGAAUAACGAUUUCGAAAAAUAUAUUUCGGAUGGCAAAGCAUAAUUAACUGAAAAAUGUAUGAUUGUUGAAUGAAGUAAUUGGCAUGAGCUCGAGCGAAUAUUUGAGGGUGGCAAAAAAGUGCUGCCGGGAUUUCGUUAUUAUGUACAACGAUAAUAAAAUAAAACGAAAUAGAAAUGAA